GUGUCUAGCAAUAGCUUGACGAUGGCCUCGUGCCCGUUCACAGCGGCCCACCACAGCGGUGUUCGGCCGCACAUGCCCUUUGAGUUGGCGUCGACCUGGCCCGUGUCCAGCAGCAGCUUGAUGAUGGCCUCGUGCCCGUUCGCAGCGGCCCUCGACAGCGGUGUCUCGCCAAAAAAGCUAUUCUUCGAGUCGGCGUCGACUUGGCCUGUCCCGAGCAGCAGCUUGACGACGCCCUCGUACCCGCACGUAACGGCCCUCCACAGCGGCGUCCCGCCAUCAUUAUCCUUCGGGUCGGCGUCGACUUGGCCUGUCUCGAGCAGCAGCUUGACGGCGCCUUCGUGCCCGUUCGCAGUGGCCCUCCACAGCGGCGUCAUGCCAUACAUAUCCAUCGAGUCGGCGUCGACUUGGCCUGUCCCGAGCAGCAGCUUGACGAUGCCAUCGUGCCCGUUCUCAGCGGCCCUCGACAGUGGUUUAUACUUCGAGUCGGCGUCGACUUGGCCUGUCUCGAGCAGCAGCUUGACGACGCCUUCGUGCCCGUUCGCAGCGGCCCUCGACAGCGUUGUCCACCCAUAA